CUACGCGUUUUCUCUCUCUUCAUCAAUCGACGUCAGAGCCCCGAUUUUCCGCCCUCUCGGUCUUCUUUUUGCGCUUCCGUUUCAUGUCUGCACUCCCCUCUCUCUCUCUCUCUAGAAUUCGUUGCUCCUUUCUAACUCUAAUCCGCUUCGUUUUCUCUCUCUAAAACUGCUACUCUUUUAUCUGGUUCUUUCUCUCUCCACAACUCUGGUUUCUUUCUCACAUUGCAAAUUGGUUUUCUCACUUCUCUUAGGUUCGAACUCUGGUUAAUUAACUAAAAGGGAGAAAUUUGAUGAAAAUUGUUUCUUUUUUUGUGUUAUUUCUGCAUUUAUUUAUUUGUAAAAUUUUGACUUUUUUUUUAAGAGGAAGCUGAGUUUUUUCCGUGUUCUUAUCUGCUUUGAUUAUCUGUAUUUUCCUGCAAACGUUGUGUGCUUGUGUUCUGGGACUGGUUAAAACUGGAGAUCACUUUUUACUCUUUCAUUGCAAUUUUAAAGAUUUUUUUAUUUCAUUUGCUCACUGUUGAAGCAAAGGGUUUUAUCAGUCAAGCAUCUUUUUCAAGAAUCAAUUUUUUUCUCCUAAAAAUUUGUAAACUUGAGAGAGAGAGAGGGAGAGCACCCAACUGAUCUUUGUAAGCAAGGGUUUUCUCCUACAUAUACAAACCAAUUUAUUGCUUCCCUUUACACUUCAUUAUCAGAAGUUCUUACCAAAUUUGCUCCUUUUUUUCAUUUUUGGGAAGAAUUUCGUUUUUUUUUUUAAUUCAAAACCCGCAACAAUCUAGUCCAAAAUGAAGCUCUCUGUUUAUGUAAUUGAAGCAAGAGGCUUGCUUGCAAAGGAUCUGAAUGGUUUCAGUGAUCCUUAUGUGAAAAUUCAGCUUGGAAGAUGCAAGUACAGAACAAAGGUUGUGAAGAAAAACUUAAAUCCAUCAUGGAAUGAGGAAUUUAGUUUCAGAGUUGAGGAUUUGAAGGAGGAAUUGAACAUAUAUGUAUUGGAUGAAGAUAAGUACUUCAAUGAUGAUUUCAUAGGAAUGGUCACGGUGCCUGUAUCGAUGGUUUUUGAUGCAGAUAAGAAGACUUUGGCUUCUCGGUGGUUCACUCUGCAACCCAAGAACAAGAAGUCCAAGAACAAAGACUGUGGUGAAAUUCUUCUAACUAUAUCUUUAUAUGGCAAAAGUCCCAGCAACUCUGUUCUAAACUAUAUUCCAACAACUCCAAAAUCCCUAGACAGUGAUAGUGCUCUCUACUCUGAUAAACCAAUUGACCCACUUUCAGAUUCAACUUCCUUUUCACCAAAUGUCUCUGUAACUUCAACAGUGGAAAGAGAAGAACUGUUGCCCUCUAAGGAAGAGAAACCAAGCGUACAAACCUUUGCGAGCCGGCUGGUUCAGUUUCUUGGGACUAAGAAUACAGAAAUCCCGGUCACUUCCUCCAAAGAUCUUAAUAUAUCAGAUUUACCUGAUACAUUAUCCAAUAACAGGACUUCUGAGAACAACUCUGGGGACCAACCCACAUUUGAAGAAGCACUGAACAUCAUACAAUCAAAAGAGAAAAUGCCUGAAAUGCCCCCCAAUUUACCAGGAGGUGUUGUUCUAGACCAAACUUACGUAAUAUCCCCCAAAGACCUCAAUCUUCUUCUUUUUGCCCCUGACUGUGAGUUCAUGAAAUCUCUUGCUGAAGUCCAAGGAAACACGGAUGUGCAAGAAGGGUCUUGGAGGAUGGAAAAUGAAGCACUAAAAAGAGUAGUUACCUGUACAAAACCCCCAAGUAGGUUGGUUAAGUCUGUGAAAGCAACAGAGGACCAGGUAUAUCUCAAAGCAGAUGGGAAGACCUUUGCAAUUUUAGCCAGUGUGAGCACACCUGAUGUUCCUAUGGGGAACUGUUUCAGAGCCGAGAUUCUCUUUUGUAUAUCUCCAGGACCAGAGCUAAGUUGCGGGGAAGAAUCUUCUCGAUUGGUUAUAUCUUGGCGUAUGAAUUUUUUACAGAGCACAAUGAUGAAGGGUGUGAUUGAGGGAGGAGCAAGACAAGGGAUAAAGGAUAGCUAUGAGCAGUAUGCAAGGUUGUUAGCAGAGAAAGUUAGGGUCUUGGACUCCUCUGGGUCUGAGAGGAAUCAGGUUUUGGAUUCUUUGCAGGUGGAGGAGAUAUCUGAUUGGAAGCUGGCUGCUCUUUAUUUUUGGAACUUUACCAUGGUUUCAGCUGUGUUUAUGGGGUUAUAUGUUCUUGUACACCUAUUCCUUGUUAUGCCUAGUCCAAUUCAGGGGCUCGAGUUUGGUGGCAUAGAUUUGCCAGAUUCAAUUGGAGAGGUGAUAGUUGGUGGGAUUCUAGUUCUUCAGGCACAACGUGUUCUUGAGAUGCUUUCACGUUUCAUACAGGCUACAGCACAAAGAGGGAGUGAUCAUGGGAUCAAAGCCCAAGGAGAUGGGUGGUUGCUCACAGUUGCCUUGAUCGAAGGGAAAAACUUAGCAGCAGUGGAUUCUACUGGCUUCUCAGACCCGUAUGUAGUUUUUACGUGCAAUGGUAAAACGCGAACUAGCUCGAUCAAAUUCCAAACACUUGAUCCCCAAUGGAAUGAGAUAUUUGCGUUUGAUGCCAUGGAGGAACCCCCAUCUGUGAUGGAUGUUGAAGUUUUUGAUUUUGAUGGGCCAUUCGAUGAAGCUACAUCUCUUGGACAUCUUGAAAUCAAUUUUCUGAAGUGUUCUAUAACUGAAUUGGCAGACACAUGGAUUCCUCUUCAAGGGAAGUUGGCCCUAGCAUACCAGUCAAAGUUGCACCUGAGGGUCUUCUUGGACAAUACAAGAGGUACAGAGGUUGUCAAACAGUACAUAACAAAGAUAGAAGAAGCCGUAGGGAAAAAGAUAAACAUCCGAUCGCCUCAAACAAAUUUGGCAUUUCAGAAACUUUUUGGGCUUCCCCCUGAAGAAUUUCUGAUCAAUGAUUUCACUUGUCACUUGAAGCGCAAGCUACCUAUGCAGGUUCCCACUUAUGGUCGCCUCUUUCUCUCUCCUAGAAUGAUUGGCUUUCAUGCUAACUUGUUUGGACACAAAACCAAGUUUUUCUUUCUAUGGGAGGAUAUAGAAGAUCUACAAGUAGUCCCCCCUUCUCUGGCAACAGUCGGCAGUCCUUCUCUUCUUAUAAUUCUAAGGAGAGGCAGAGGUUCGGAUGCCAAGCAUGGUGCCAAGAUGUUAGAUGAAGAAGGGAGGUUGAGGUUUCAUUUCCAAUCAUUUGUAUCAUUCCAUGCAGCAAAUAGGACAAUUACAGCAUUAUGGAAGGCUAGAUCCUUGUCUCCCGAGCAGAAGGUGCAAAUAGUGGAAGCAAAUUCAGGACCCCUCCAAACUGAAGACAGUGGAUGCGUCUUGGAUCUAGAGGAUGCCAAAAUGUCAGAGGUGUACUCUAGAUCACUCUCUGUUCCUAUCGACUUAGUGAUGGAACUGUUUGAAGGGGGUCCCUUUGAUCGAAGAGUGAUGGGGAAAGCUGGUUGUCUUAACUAUUCCCCUACACCAUGGGAAUUCACCAAGCCUGAAGUUUACCAGAGACAAAUCAACUACGAGUUUGAUAAGCGAGUAUCUCGUUAUGGAGGGCAAGUUACUGGCACACAGCAAAAGUCCCUCCUCUCUGAUAGGAAUGGGUGGGUUAUAGAUGAGGUCAUGACCUUCCAUGGUGUACCAUUUGGUGAUUAUUUCAAUCUUCGUCUGAGAUACCAGAUCGAGAGUCCCCUGAACACAUCCAAGACAGCGAGCAAUGUACAAGUUUUACUAGGAAUUGCUUGGCUAAAAAGCACAAAACAUCAAAGGAAGAUUACUGGUAACAUUGUUUCUAGGCUCUCUGAUCUCCUAAAGGAGAUCUUCGAGCUAGCAGAGAUGGAAAUUCUCAUGUCGAAGCAGCCAGAUCCAUGGCCCAAAAAGGAGGCAUAGAAAGUCUUCCCUUUGUUGCAAAAGUAGCAGAAUUUAAAUUUCUCACAGCACAGCAAGCCACAUUUAUCUUCUCUUUGGUUCACAAUUAUAUAUGUUUUUGUCGAACUUCUCUUUGGCUUAACAAGAGAAACAGUCCAAAUUGGGGCAUGGGUUCUAAAGGAAAAAAUAUGCCCUUUCUUGUGGUAGGGCGAGUUCUCCAUUGCAUCAGCCCUGAAACAUCUGACCACAUUGUAUGAGUUACUGAUCAGGAAGCUUAGCAAUGAAAGGAAGUUGACUUCGAUUAAGAACUGCAAGCUUGUAAAGGUAUUUGAUCAAAAUAUUUCUUUUGAUUGUUAUUAUCAGUUGGAGAACAAAAAAAAAGUCCAUGUGAAAAGAUUCUUCAAGUGCUGUAAUUUUUUAGUUCUAACAUGGCAUGCUGUACCUUUUAUCAUUGAAGAGGGUGCAGUGUGGUCGUUGGGCCCUCUGAAAUGUUCCAUGGAGGCAAUAUGGUCAUUUCAUGCUGAUGUUUCCGUAAAUUUGAAAUUGUGGCUCAUUUCUGUGAUCGCAAGAAACCUGAAGGCUUUUUGUAUGUCCACCUCUAUUAUAUUACUCGCUUACCUACUUCAUUCGCUAACUGUUUAUUUUUUCCUGCUUGGAACGGAUUUAUGAACCUGAUAUUCACUUUUGCAGAACAAUUCUACUAAUCCUGAAGCAAUUCUUUGCUUUCAUUUUUUACAGCCCAGACCCAAUAUACAAAUGUUGGCCUUAAAGCUGAAACCAAUCCAUGGGUGAGUUUUCUAUGUUUAUAUUAGGUUUAUGGAAUUGAGUCCCGUAUGCCUCAGCUCCUCUGACAAAAUUGAAGAACACGGGCAAAAGAGAUCAUUCAAAAGAAUGAAGAAAAGGUGGGUGCUGUGAGCCAGAUUGAGGCUUGCUAACAAAGGAUUGAGCUCAUAUUUGGCCUUCUUUCUGGGGUCUGGCUGAGAAUGAGAAGCACCAAUAUUCAGGACUGUAUUAACCUUGGAGCUCAUAUUUGGCUUUCCUUUCGGGAUCUGCCGUAGGGGGAGAAGCAUCCUUAAUAAAAAAGGAGAUAUUAGAUCUCUCUUUAGGUCUCUAAUGACUCUGAAAAUCAGUGUUCAGCCUGAAGUUGCAGAAGUUCUUGAGGCAUUAUUGUGCCCUAUUACAAUGAGAGAAAUGUAGAGGAUUACUGUAUUUGGUGGACGGUCGAAAUUUGAGUCAUUUGAAUGGCACUACAUAUUUGAAGAUGUGCAUUUGCUCUAGAAAAAUUGCAGAGAUAUGCUGACCUUUCCCAUUUGAGAAUGGGGUUGGUUCUAGUUGUACUCACGAGUGAGUUUUGUAACAAAUCGUAAGAUCUGGACCGUUGGAUGUUGUCAGUGGAUCUCAAACCGUCCAAGCCAAUCGAUAAUAACGGGACUUAAGGAAGGUGGCAAUGAUGUGUAAUAAUUUUAUUGUAAAAAAGAUGAACAUGAUAGCAUUUUUUGGAUAUUAAACCAAUAAUCAAGAAUUCAUGAUUCUGGAAUCCAGACCGGAAGGUUGGCGAUCCUCAACUGAAAAACCUCGGAAUUGCUUAGGUCUUGGAAUUUUUUAAUUUUUUUGUUAAAAUGUAACUUGAUCCAACUCAGGAAUCCAAGGAUUCUGAAUGAGACUGUUGCCGA